GAAGUAUCACUUAAAUGCAAUGCACAGCGUUGAUGCCAGCAAAUCACCCACCCAAACAAACAGUGGAGGAAGGCUUCGGCAGACUACAUUGGAUGCAGCAUGUGGGAGAACUAUAGAUAAACAAAAGAAAGACAAGCUAACAAAUGCCAUUGCAAAGUGGGUAGCUACAAACUGCAGGCCGAUUAGCAUUGUGGAAGAUGUCGGUCUGAAGAAUGUUAUUAGAAUCGCAACGAAUGACUGCACGUAUGAGCCUCCGCCAAGACGCACCAUCGCAAGAAAAAUACAUGAACUGUAUGAAAAGGAGAGGACUAUAAAGGCGACAGCGUUACAACGUGCACCAACUGUUGCCCUCACCGGAGACUACUGGACAUCGCUGGGUAACCAUAAUUACCUCGGAGUUACAGCGCAUUACAUUGAUGAACAAUGGGAACUGCAUUCACAUGCUAUGACUUUAAUGAAGACACAAGAGAGACAUUUUGCUGAAACGUGCGCUGAACAUUUUAUUCAUGUUGCACAGCAGUGGGACGUUUCAAAUAAAGUCAGCACACUUAGCACAGAUAGUGCAAGAAAUAUGAUCGCUGCUGCGAGACAUCUGCCUUUUGAACACGUCCCCUGCUUCGCGCACAGUCUCCAGCGUUCUGUCACAGUAUCUCUGCACAACAGCGCGUUUGACAAUGUCCUGGCCAAAUGCAGAAAGGUUGUGGGCCAUUUUAAGCACAGUCCAGCGAGUGCUGCAGAAUUAGAACAAAAACAAAUUGAACUUGGACAAAAGAAGGAGUCGCUUAUACAAGACAUUCCAACCAGAUGGAAUUCGACUCUGGACAUGAUAAAAAGUGUCCGCAGAAACGAACAGCCAGUGAGGGAUGUCCUCACCACACACAACACGAAAAUUGCCAUGCCAACAACAGCUGAAAUGGACAAACUGCAGAGGUUGGAAAUGCUACUGGAGCCCUGCAGGUAUGUGACUGAACUUCUGGGUGGAGAAAAAUAUGUUUCAUGCUCUGUGGUUCUGCCUGCUUUUUGCCAUCUCUCUCGGGUGAUGGAGAGCUCAGAUGAUGACCCUGCCUAUGUGGUCAAAUUCAAGUCUACAUUCAGAACAGACCUGGAGACACGCAAGGAAAAUGCCAACAUUGCAUAUCUGAAGAUUGCAACCGCAUUGGACCCGAGAUUCAAAGACCUCAAGUGUAUACCCAGAGCUGAGAGAGGUGAGGUGUGGGCCUCAGUCACUAACUUACUCAAGGAACAGAGGGUUGUUGCAGAGGAACCUGUGGAAGCAACAACAUCAAAACCAUCAAAGAGAAAGUUUGCCCUAUUGGCUGCUUCAUCAGAGUAUGAUUCUGAACACGAGGAAGACUCAAUUGAGAACGGUGUGCGUCGAUACAGAGCAGAGCCCACCAUCAGUACAGAGGCCUGUCCAUUACAGUGGUGGUCCAAACAUGCAGGCUCACACAGCAGGCUGGCCUCAAUUGCACAGAAGUACUUGGCCACACCUGCAACAUCCGUACCCUGUGAAAGGUUGUUUUCUCUUGCUGGUCAUAUUGUACAGAAGAAGAGAGUUUCUUUAUCAUCUGAAAAUGUGAAUGACCUUGUGUGUCUUAGCAACUGGCUUGGUGCAGAUGAGUAAGUAAAUGUAAAGUUGGAAGAAUGGAUAAAUGCAGUUAAUUUUGUCCAUUCAACCUGCAUCACUGAAAGUUUUUUUUUUUUGGACUGAGAUUCUCAGUCUCUUAAAGGAGAUUGAUGUUGUUGCUCGGAGGGGGGCCAGUUAUAAUGUUAUGAUCGAGGUUCUGGACAUAAUUUUAUUUUUUUUUUCAAACUAAACAAAAUGUUAAUGUUUUAUUUAAUAAAACAUUAAUGUUUUAAUGUUUUAUUUAUACGUUAAUGUUAUAUUUAAUUUGAUUACAUUAAUGUUUAAGUUAAGAUUUACAAGAAAUGUUAACUGCUACUAACUUUUAACUGCUGUAAAAAAGCAUUUUAUUUGUUUAAAGUUUUGACAAACCAAAUGUUAUUGCACUUUUGUUCAUACAGCAGUACUUUGAAAGAAUAAAAUUACGCAAUACACUACUUUUGAUUUCAUUAUUGAAUUUUGCUCAUGCUGCGAUUAAUCGCAAUUAAUCACAGAAAAUCAUGCGAUUAAUCGCGAUUAAAAUAUUUAAUCGUUGCCCAGCACUGUAAAUCAAGGUUUAAUUCAUGCUCAUUCAUAAAUAUAGAUUGUUUAUGAUAAGGUUUGUUUAGUGUGUGUAUAGGGCGACUGUGGCUUAGUGGUAGAGUGGGUUGUACACCAAUCGGAAGGUCAGCAAUUCGAUCCCAGCUUCCCCCAGCCUACAUGUCGAAGUGUC